CCUUCCACUCAUCAUGCAGUCCUUCGUAGCAACGAUCUUCCUCGCAGCUCUCUCCGUCGCCUCGGCAGCGCCCUCCGGUCUCUAUGCCCAUGGCGCAGCCCUGGCCGGCCCGAUAACCGGGCCCAACAGCCUUGUCGGCCCAGCCAACGGACCAUCCGCCCUGGCCGGACCCGUUGUCGGUCCUGCCCGCAUCUCCGGUGCCGUGGACCUCGGCGCUCUCGUCACCGGAGCCGUAGCCGGACCCUCUUCCGUUCAAGGUAGCGUGAGCGCUGGCACUGCCAUCCUCGGCGCUUACGGACCCGGACUCCCAGCUCCAGGAUACCUCGCAGGACCCGGCUACCUUGGUCUCGGUCAUGGUGCGAUCCUUGCCGGUCCCAUCGCCGGACCCACCCACCUAGCUGGACCCAUCGCCCCGGGUGCCUUCAUCGCCGGCCCAUCGGGCUACAUCAACGCUGGUCACGGGCCCUUCUACUAAACCGGGACUUCCAGCUGACAAAGGUUUAGAUAUCGUGACGACUGCAUGCUUCACAACUCCACACAUUAGACGAAUGCAUAAACAGUGACAAUACGAUAAAAGCACCACCUCGAAGUCAUUCAGAGGGGGCCCAAAGACCCGCAAGGCCCGAGAAUCACGAUCCCAGAGCAGCUAGCCA